AGAUAACAAAAAGACUAUAAAACUGGAAACAUUUUUAAAUUUAAGUAAUGUAGUAUGAAGUUUAAACGAUGGUUAUGAAAUGGUGGUUGUUUCUUACUGGUUUUUUAGUACUAAAUGUCGCAGCUGGCUUGAAAAGAAAAGGUGGUCUCAGAAAUAAUGGUUCAUUUCCUAAGAAAUUCAUUUUCGGUGUAGCAACAUCAGCUUUCCAAACUGAAGGUGGGUGGGAUGAAGAUGGUAAAGGUCAGAGUAUUUGGGAUAAUUUCACACAUAUUCGACCAUCGAAAAUAUCGAACGGUGAUACAGCCGACGUUGCGUGUGAUUCAUAUCAUAGGUUUAAAGAAGAUGUACAAAACGUUAAAAAACUGGGUACUUCGAUGUACCGUUUCUCAAUUGCUUGGACAAGAAUUCUACCAACUGGAUACUCUGACAACAUCAACCAAAAAGGUCUAGACUAUUAUAAAGAGUUGGUUAAAGUGAUUCUUGAGUUUGGAUUGAUUCCCGUUGCCACCAUAUAUCAAUGGGAUUUGCCUCAGCGUCUCGUGGAUGACGGUAAUGAUUGGAGAUCUGAAAAAAUUAUACCCAUAUUUUUGAAUUAUUCUAGAAUCGUUAUUCAAAACUUACCAGAUGUAAAAAUUUGGAUAACUAUAAAUGAACCUAAGCAAAUAUGUCAUUCGGGAUAUGGUACUGCAUUUUAUCCUCCAAUGAUAAACGGUGAUGGAACUAUUGAAUAUCAAUGUAUGUAUAUUAUACUUAAAGCACAUGCAGCAGUAUACCGUAUGUACAAAAAGGAGUUUCCACAUUAUACAGCAAAAAUGACAAUGGUAAUAGAUUGUCAGUGGUCGGAACCUUAUUCACAAGAUAAAGAAGAUAUAAUUGCUGCAGACAGGGUACUCCAAUUCGAGUGCGGUGUUUAUUUUCAUCCGUUAUGUACGGGUGAUUGGCCAGAAGUUGUGAAAAAACGAAUAUAUGAUAGAAGUUUGGCUGUUGGCUUACCCGAAUCCAGACUUCCUGCAAUAACUGAAAGUGAUAAACUUGCUAUUAUGGGCGCUUACGAUUUUAUUGGUUUGAAUCAUUAUACUACAAAUCUUGUUGAAGCUACUGAUGGAGGACUCUCAAACGAAACCAGUUAUGAUAACGACAUUGCAGCUGCUACUUCUUUCAGUCCAAGCUGGGUAGUUGAAGCUUUGGACUCGUUCGCAAUAGUACCUAAAGGAUUAUAUUACGUACUGACUUACGUCAACCAAGUAUGUAACAAAGCGGACAUUUUAAUAACAGAACUUGGAAUGGCCGAAGAUGGUAGUUCCUUAGACGAUCAGAUCAGAAUCGAUUUCUAUCAGGACUAUUUAUGCAAUAUGUUGGAAGCAAUGAAGGAGAAUGUGAAUGUUAUCGGUGUUAUAUUUUGGAGUUUGAUGGAUAACUUCGAAUGGAGAUCUGGUUAUUAUCCACACUUUGGACUAUAUCACAUGAAUGCCACCGACGAUCCUACACUUACAAGAACUCCCAAGAAAUCCGUGGGUUUUGUCCAGGAAUUAAUAAGAAGUAGAAAAUUGGAAUGUGACAAAUCUCGAAGAAAAUGGCCUCAUCCGCGACCACCAAGACUUCCACACAAUCAUAAGCCACACUUACGCCCUCCCCACUGAAUGAUUAAGUUGAAAACGGAUGUUUGUACAUUAAGUAACUGUUUCUGUUGAUUUUGUAUUUUUUUCCAAAUAAACUCAAUUUCAAUUUUCAUAUAAAUAGGAUCACCUCCAUUUACAUAAAUGUAAAGAGUAAUUAGGUCCUAGAUGUAAUUGAUUGGAUCAUAGAAAAAAUCAUGUAUUUCAAUGGACAUACUUUAGUUAUAAACAAGAACCAGAACUGCAAUGAAUAUUAGAAUCCUAAUAAUAUAUUAGUACACAAAAAAAAUAAACAAAUUUGUGAUUUUUCAUAAGU